CGCUGCAGAGGGAGGGGGCGGCCCGGCCCGGCCCAGCUCUGCCCCCGGCCGGUCCGACCCCGGCCCCGGCCCCCGGACAAGCCCUUAUCUGAUCCCAGCUCGGGGUUUAAGAGUCUUGGCCCUGCCCGUCGCGCAGCUCCGCUCGUCACUCCUGCCCGCCCCAUCUGUUCAUCUGUCCGGCUGCCGGGUGGUCCAUCCGUGCAGCCGCUCCACCUCCGAGCCAAGAUGACAUCAGUCGCCAAGGUCUACUACAGUCAGACGACUCAGACAGAAAGCCGGCCCCUAGUGGCCCCAGGAAUACGUCGGAGGAGGGUCCUGACAAAAGAUGGCCGCAGCAACGUGAGAAUGGAGCAUAUUGCUGACAAGCGUUUCCUCUACCUCAAGGACCUAUGGACGACCUUCAUUGACAUGCAAUGGCGCUACAAGCUUCUUCUCUUUUCCGCGACCUUCGCAGGCACCUGGUUCCUCUUUGGCGUGGUGUGGUAUCUGGUAGCUGUGGCCCAUGGGGACCUGUUGGAGCUGGGACCCCCUGCCAACCACACCCCUUGUGUGGUGCAGGUGCACACACUCACUGGAGCCUUCCUCUUCUCCCUCGAAUCCCAGACCACCAUUGGCUAUGGCUUCCGUUAUAUCAGCGAGGAGUGCCCUCUGGCCAUCGUGCUUCUUAUUGCCCAGCUGGUGCUCACCACCAUUCUUGAAAUCUUCAUCACAGGUACCUUCCUGGCAAAGAUCGCCCGGCCCAAGAAGAGGGCUGAGACUAUCCGUUUCAGCCAGCAUGCAGUUGUAGCCUCCCAUAACGGGAAGCCUUGCCUUAUGAUCCGAGUUGCCAAUAUGCGGAAGAGUCUCCUCAUUGGAUGCCAGGUGACGGGCAAACUGCUUCAGACCCACCAGACAAAGGAGGGUGAGAAUAUUCGGCUCAACCAGGUCAAUGUGACUUUCCAAGUGGACACAGCCUCUGACAGCCCCUUUCUCAUUCUACCCCUGACCUUCUACCAUGUGGUAGAUGAGACAAGUCCCUUGAAGGAUCUCCCCCUCCGCAGUGGGGAGGGGGACUUUGAGCUGGUGCUGAUCCUAAGUGGGACAGUGGAGUCCACCAGCGCCACCUGUCAGGUUCGCACUUCCUACCUGCCGGAGGAGAUCCUCUGGGGCUAUGAAUUCACGCCCGCUAUCUCACUGUCAGCCAGCGGCAAAUACAUAGCGGACUUUAGCCUUUUUGACCAAGUUGUGAAAGUGGCUCCCCCUGGUGGUCUCCGUGAUAGCGCUGUCCGCUAUGGAGACCCGGAAAAGCUCAAGUUGGAAGAAUCCUUAAGAGAGCAGGCUGGAAAGGAAGGCAGUGCCCUUAGUGUGCGCAUCAGCAAUGUCUGACUUCCUGGUCUCUCCUCCCCAGCCCUUCGGCCUUUUCCUCUUUCAGUGCCCUGGGAAAAGGAGACUAUCUGGGUUCCCUGGAGAACCCCAGAAGCACCCAUCCUCUACUUCCCCUUCCUUACCCCAGUGGCCUGUCAGUAGUCCAGACCAACUGGAGUCCUACGUUUUCCUCUCGCUGUCCCCUCGCGCCUUCCUCUACUACUAUGCCAAGCACACGACUCUUAAGCCAGGAUGGGGGACGGAGAGGGAAGAUUAGGCUGGAAUGGCUUGGAAGGGCCUCAGCCAUGCUUGGAGAUUCACAUUAGGAGGACCAUGUGAUUGAUGGCUAGACUCCCCCCAACUCCCCACUACUAUAAAGUGUGAUGACUUGAGACGGGAGCCCCCUCGGUCUCUGUUUCCAGCUAGUAAGUCCCCUAAGGCAAAGCUCUCUCGGAGAGUCACUCGAUGGACUCUGCUCUCAGAAAUAAAGGAAGCUGAAAUCAGUUUUCCCUGGGCUCUCUACCAAAUCCUGAAGAAAGAAGCCAGGGUUUGCCAUGGUGUAUUUCAUCUCAGCUGGUAACUCCUGACAUAACCUAGACUUUUGCUCACCGUCUUGUUUCCCCUUCCCAGUUCUCAAGUGGAUCUUCUCAGGGGUCCCAGUUCUCUCUCAGCCUCUGUUCCCACAGAACUGGGGCUGACCUGAGAAAUGUUAACAGCCACCACCACCCCUCCUGCACCCAUUCUGCGUUCUGAGGAAGUCAAUUUUAAAACUAUUGUCUAAAACUCUGGCCCUGUCCUGGAAAGAUUUCUUUUACUGUGUCCUGUGAAUGGGAAGACCUUAGCCAAUGAGCUCUCUCUGUCUCUCUCUCUCUCUCUCUGUCUCUCUCUCUCUGUCUCUCUCUCUCUGUCUCUCUCUCUCUCUCUCUCUCUCUCUCUCUCUCUCUCUCUCUCUCUCUCUCUCCUCUCUCAAUAUUUUUUGAGACAGGGCCUCACUAUGUAGCUCUGGCUGUCCUUGAACUCACUCUGUAGACCUGGCUGGCCUGGAACUCACAGAGAUCCACCUGCCUCUGUUUCCCAAGUACUGGGAUUAAGGUGUGAGCCACUAUGCCCUGCCGCCAAUGCUCUCUAAGUCCAGCGCUCAGGACCCAUGACAAUAUCUAAAACCACUCCAGAUUACACUGUACAGGGUUCCCCUUCUUCCUUUCCUAUCCUUCCCAGACCCCUUCACCCAAGCUUUUGAAGAAAGACAGGGAAACACCGUUAUUUCCUUUCUUAACACCGAUCCAUUAAAACUAGUCACACACACACACACACACACACACACACACACACACACACACACACACACGUCACAGGGCACAGAUUCCCCAGGAAAGUUGAACUGACUUCUCAGAUUUGCAGAUUGCUAUGCAGAGCCUCUGGGAAUUUGUGAUGUUUUUGUCAAGGUUUGGACUGAAGCAGGACUCAGGCUGACAGCCACUAUUUUGUUACAUCUCCUGUGCCCUUCUGAAAAGUGCCAGCUCUUUUAUGAGGCGAUGAGGAGAGGGGAGGAACUUACAUUCUGAUCUCAGCCGUUCUGACACGGCAUACAAUGACGAAAGUCAGGGUCACCUCUACUCUCUUCUGCCAACGGGCCAGUUUCAGGCAAGUUAAAAAGAAAAGAUCAGACCCAGGCCAUUCCUGCUUCUCUGGUGAGGACCGUGGCAGGGGUCAGGGAAGGGCAUCAUCAGCACCAGGUCCUGUUCUAAAGCCCAAAGCACAAGCGAGUUCUGGUUCCACUUAGAUACACAGGAAACCCCACAAGGUGGUUUAGCAGGAAUGCCAGCAGGGAUGACAUAAUUGUUGAUUUAAGGUGGACUUGACAGAUGAUGACAAACUACACACUUACACAGAAUGUAUACACAUUAUCUGUGCAAAGCCUUGCGGAGAAAUCAGGAGAGCCUGAGGCUGAACCCAUCUCAGCUGGGCACAGUCCUCUUAACAUUGGUCGUUCCUUGAACUCAAUUAACGGUGGCUUGAAAAUGAAGAGCCUUUGCUCAGCUUCUUCUUACUGUAAAACUCUCCAUUGUCCUUAAACUCCCAUCAAAACGAGAACCAGAAGAACCUGAACAUCUGAAACAAAGAGCAGCAGGCGAAGAGCCAGCUUCCGUGCUAACAAAUAUACCCAAUGCUGUACUUACCCGGUGGUGUCGGUGUGCAAGGACCAAGUGUACUGCGAGUGUGUCUCUUCUCACCCACUGGCAAUUUUUCCUCUGUCUGGUUUCUUCUGCACAGUGCUGCUUCCCUCCUGAAGGAAUUACUCUCUUCCCAGUUCCUUGCCUAAGGCCCAGCUCUCCUCAGAUUCUUGGAUAACAACGUGAGAAGAGAACACUUUCUGCCUUAACCCUUUUUGAACUUCCUCUGCAACCCCAGGCUCUCCCCUAAACUGCACUUUAAAAUCAUGCCGCCCUGUUAAUUCAGAAUGGCACCCUUCUCCCAGAAGCCCAGUGCUCUGCAUGCAACCACCCCCACUCCCAGUUCUAAGUGGUUCUUCGGAUCACAGCCAGGCUCCCCUGACCUGGAAUCUCUUUUCAGGAUAUAGGAUAAGCUUUACUAGCAGCCGGGACUGAUGAGAAAUGGGUUCCCAGUUUGAACCAGCUGUAGACUUGGAACGUCAGGAGGGUAACAGGUGAGGAUUUUAGGUGGGGUGGGAGAUAACAACCCAUGGGGAAGGAUAUCUAGAGUGUGAAAAUGAGAAAGAUGAGGCUAAGGGACCUAGUGAUGAACCCCAGAGUCUUACUUAGACUGGCACAGAAAAGGUGGGUGGAAACUUGGGAAAUUGGGAUAUGAUAUAUAUGUUUAUCUAAGGAGAAAAACAGAGAUAAUAUAUUGAGAGAUAUGUAUAUAGAUGUACAUAUACCCAAAUAUAUGGAAUGUACAGAAGGAAGUACUCAGACCUUAGCAAAGGGACAAAUAUCUUGCCUUGAUUUUAUGGAGUAGGAUACCUGGAUUUUCUGUGUUAUGGUCAGCAGAGCAGUGAGAGUAGCUGAUGGUUUUAAGUUUGAUUGAUGGAAAAGGGAGGGCUAGUCCCUGUCCCUUUCAUAACUAAAGGAGCACCCAUUGAGGUCUGAGGGACCUGUGCUGAUAGGACGAGAGAGGAGCCAGGAGGAAAUGGGGCAAGGAAAUGCCCUAUCCACAAAGAUCCAGGAAAAUCUACCACUCACACUGUUUUACCUAUCCCCGGCAAUAACAUGCCAUUGAAUAACUUCUAAAACAAGCAAGCAAGCAGUUUUCCUCUCCUGAAGUACACUCUGUAUUUCCCAUCCUUCCACCGGGGGAGGAGCUCUAGCUCUAGGCCUCGUAAUUAAAAACUGAGACGCUGAAAAUUCGGUAUUUGGGAAACAUUAAGUGGAAAACUUACCACUAGAGUACGAAUGCCAGGACUGAUGAGCUGUUGAGCUCAAGAUACUCCCAAGACAGAGGCCCGAGCCUAUGUACAAAAAAUUCUAAAGAGGGUGCUGUGUAUAUCAUAGUUACAGUCCUGGCGGGGAGGCAGAUGGAAGCCUUAAGGCUCCUCUAUGAAGAAUGAGGUUUUCAUCUUCCCUAGAGGAUGAUACAAUUCUAUGGGAGGCUUCUGAAACCACUAAGCUGUGUUUCACUUCAUUCCUGCUGCUCCCUACUGCCCCCUCCCCGCUUCCUGAAACCCACUCCAGCUAGUAAAACUAUGCAGGGGUUCCCCUGAGGUCAGCAGAGAAAGAAAAGCAGUCCUAACGUAGCUACUGUCCAGGAACACUGCACCUUCUCCAUGGCCGCUACCACAAACCUUUACCCCCGCGAGCUAACUUAGUUCCUUUGCACAAAUAACACAUUACCUAGGCUGUACAGUUAGCGGGGCUUCCAGGCCCACUAUUGGCCAAUGCUACCGAAGCAGGAAUAUCUAGGGAUGAUUUUUCUACGCACUGCAUUAAAAACUAAACCAGGUCAAAUGUAUUUAGAAACAAGAUGUGUGAGGUAUUUUUGGUUUAUUUUUUGUCUGUUCAGAAGAAACUACUAAAUAAACUGGAUGAAUCUCUUGUU